AUGGAUGACGGGCAGAGGGCCACCAGGGACACCGAGUUGUCCUCGGGAUGCGGUCUGUGGGCAGCAGCCCCUGCGUGUCUGGUGGGGGUGGAGGUGGGCACAGGACUCGGUAAGAAUACCAAGCUGGCCUCAAUUCCAAGCCUUGCCCUCAGCUCAGCUCGAGGGGCGGGUCAGAACCUGCGAGAGGCUCUGGCCCCCGCAAGGAUCGUCAGAGCCCAAGGUCGCCGUGAGACAGGUUAUGGAAUCCGCAGGAGCAGCACGGCCAGCUUGCGGGCAGAAGCCGCAGCCAAGCGGCGCCGCGGCCACCUGUCCAGCAUCUCGAGGGCAGGUGUGCCCGGCGGGGCCCCGGCCCGACAGCUGCGCGGCCGGCUGCUCCCCCGACCCGGCCCGGGCGGGUCCAGGGCUUCGCGAUUCCGGGCCGCGGGCGCCGCGUGGCGGCCGCACAGAGAACAGCAAGCGGUCGGGGCGCGGAGCGGGGGCGCGCCGGGCUCCGGAGGCCGCGCUCCAAGGGCCCGGGCCGCGCGGGAGCAGGUGCCCCGAGCCUGGCGGUGGCAGGGGCUGAAGCUGUCAGGCCUCCCCCGAGUGUCUCUCUUCUGCACCUGUACAACUGACAUGUUUGUCGCGGCCCCGGCCCCCGCACAGGUCACAUGGCCGCGGGGCAGGGCUGGCCGCAAGGCUUCUCCACCUGAAUCACUGGGAGGAACCCGGAGAAGACAGGAAGAGGCUGGGAGAGGCAAAGCCAGCUGCUGCCGCUGCGAAGCAAGCGAGGGCGACAGAGCGGGGAGGCAGAGCCGGGAGGCGGACGAGGGCGACCUUCCGAGCGUUUCGGAAACGCCGGAAGGACUCACCAGUCAGAAGUACCGCCGCCCAGCUGGCUGGGUUGGUGGAGCACGAGACUUUAAUGGUCAGAAGUAG